GAUCGUCUGACAAAAGUGAUUCAAACCCCGGUUGAUGAAGUGGGGGGGUGAUGAUGUGUCUUUUACCUGCAAGCUUCCGAAGGGUGGCCCACAUCGAAGGCCGGGUUGAGAGCAUACUAGAAACACAUCCCACCAAGAACCACGACGAUGAGCACCAACAACCAACUGGAGCCGAGCGGCAAGAGCCAUCCGACCAAGAACCGGGUCUCCAUCAAUCUGCCCAGCUCUUCCUCCAACAACCACAGGGCCGGCACUCCGACGGCAGCCACCUCCGGCUCGGCCUCCGCCCAUCGCGCCUCACUCACUUCGACCCCCAUCCCCACCCCUCACCAUCGCAACCCGGUCUUCGCCCAACAUACUCCCUCGGGAUCUACCCAUCAACCCUCAUCUACUACUAGGUUCGGUGGCCUCUCCGCUAAACAAGUCGAUAAAAUUUCUUCAGCUAUUGCUAGCGUCCGCGAUCCUUCUAGUAGACCUCAAUCGAGAACUAAUCUUCAUCCUCGAUCCGAUAAGCUUAAACAUAAAUCGACUCUCAAACAUCAACAACCAAUUUCCAAGCCAUCCUCCUUUUCACACGCGCCAUUGAACUCAAGAUUACCCGCAUUGACGCCACGCAAGGCGAGCUACCGAACGAGUCAACAGCGAGUACGAGAGACGAGUGAAGAUGAAGGAAGGGCAGGAAAAGCAGGGGCUUCAGAAGAGGCCUCAGAAGAAGAACACGCACAAGAAGAAGAAGACGAGUCAAUGGACGCCGAUCAGACGGGAGAGUUCUUGAACAAACUGCGAUUCGACGACUCUCAUCAUCCUCAUCAUCAAGGAGCUUCCAAACCUAAAAACCAUCAUCUCAAUAAACAUAAAGAAAAUCUGAAACAUAUCCUCCAAGAGUCCUCCUCAAAUGCCAGCCUUCAGGAUGGCUCUGGAAUCGACUACCAGGAACUGGUGAUCAUCGAAGAUCUGUUCUUCAUACUGCUCGGUAUCGAAGGCACGUUUAUCGAAUAUCAUGAACAUUUUUCGCCCGAUGAUCCGUUCGAAAGACUCCAAGGUGCUCGGUUCUCUAUCGAUAAUGAUCUAGACCCAUCAUUACGAGAAAUAGUGGAACGGAUCUUACCAUUGGCGACCUAUUACACCUCGAUUGAUGCCUUUGUGGCAGCCCAUAGUCACUUAGAUUGUGGACUAGUUAAUCACGCCUUAUGUGCCUCGAUUCGAGACAUUCUUAAGGAUUAUAUGACAUUGGUCGUUCAAUUGGAAGAUCAAUUCAACCGCUCGGCCGAUUUUACCCUGCAAAGGUUUUGGUUCUAUGUGCACGACAUGCUACACACCUUGAAGCUAUUGUAUUCGUUUACGACUGAGCUGGUCUGUCUAUACUCGCCCGACCUGCUAUCAUCGUCAUCAGAUGGGGAGGGAGGAGGAGGGAAUGGGACGGAGGAGGAUGAGUGGGAGCAAGACCCGGGCUUGAAGGCGGUGUUGAAGGAAUACGAUCCGGAGCGACGACGGAAGACUAGUCGGCAGCGACGGGUGGGCCAGAGUAGUGGGGGAGGGGGCACGAGCUGUGGGGUGGCCGAGGGGGCGAUGGUGAAGGGCGGUGAGGUGCUGGCAAUCCUGGAGGAGCGGGUGAUGGGCUCGUUGGGCGAUCCGAUAGCCUUGAAGCUCUACUCGGACCUGCUACUCAAGGCCUCCCAACCCUACUGCAAGAUGCUCAUCCAAUGGGUCGCCAAGGGCAUCCUCGAUGACCCCUACGAGGAGUUCAUCAUCAAGGAGAGCAAGUCGAUCACCCGUGGUACGCUUGAUGAAGACUUCACCGACGAGUAUUGGGAGCGCAAGUAUGUCCUCCGUAAUCGGGCCUCCACCGUCGGCGCCGGCGGGACCGACGGUCAUCCCACGACCAAUCAUGGAGGAGCGGAUGCUGCUCAAGCACACGAUGGACGAUGGUCACAGGCAGGAAGAGCCUCAUGGCGGCGGGAGAAGGGCGUCUGGGGCGGCGCGGUACUACCUCGGUUCUUGGAAGUCUGGGAGGUCAAGAUCCUGCUGGCUGGCAAAUAUGUGAACGUGAUCCGGGAGUGUGGGGUGAAGGGACGGACGGACGAGUUUGAGAUUGAUUUUGAACAGGCGCCCGACGCGGAUGGCUCGACGGGACUGAUUAAGAUGAACGACGACUGGUUCUACGGGUUGAUCGACCGGGCCUAUGUUUCGGCCAAUCGAUCGCUGCUGGAGCUACUGAUGAGAUCGGAAGACCUACUGGGUCGACUGCGCUCGCUCAAGCACCACUUCUUCCUCUCCCAGGGGGACAGCUUCACUACCUUCUUGGACUCGGCCUCCUAUGAGCUAGGCAAGAAGCUCAGACACGUCAACGUCUCUCGGCUCCAGAACCAGUUCGAUCUAGCCAUCCGGAACCCGAGUAGUUCGAGUUCCAGCGACCCUUAUAAGGAGGAUGUCAAGGUGACCAUGGCUACCACCAGCUUGACCGACUGGCUCCUCCGUAUCGUUGGCGUCACCGGUCUUAUCGGUGCUAACUUUGGAACUGGAAGCUUGUAUGGUGGCGGGAGUGGUGGCAGUGGUAUCGGAAGCGGCGGUGGCGAGGGCGUUGGCGGAAGCGUUGAGAAUGCGGAGGCCUUGGAUACGAUCGGCACUGGAUUGGCUGAGCUUGCAGCUGGUGAAGGGGGAGGAGCUAGCUCGACUGGGGGAACGGAAACUAAGAAAGAAGGCUUGAAUGGGAUUGAUGCCUUACAGCUCGAUUACACGGUCCGGUUCCCACUUUCAUUGGUGAUCUCACGGAAGACGAUCUUACGAUACCAACUGAUAUUCCGAUAUUUACUCCAUCUGAAACAUCUUGAACAAUCGCUGACGAUCUCAUGGACCGAACACAUCAAAUCAACCGCCUGGAAAUCGUCCUCGAAAGUGCAUCCUAGACUGGAAUCCUGGAAACGUAGGAUCUUCAACUUGAGGGCUAAAAUGCUCAGCUUCGUUCAAUCGCUCUAUAACUUUAUCUGCUUCGAGGUCCUCGAAAAAAAUUAUCGCAAGCUCGAGUUCAGGCUUGCUAAUAAGGUCGAUACCGUCGAUGGUCUCUUGAGAGAACAUCGAGAUUUCUUGGAUACUUGUUUGAAAGAAUGCAUGUUGACAAAUUCCAAACUGUUAAAGAUCCAUCAAAAGUUAACGACCGCAUGCUCGAUGUUUGCCUCCUACACAUCCCACUUUACGAAGUCUGCACAUAGCUUCAACUUAGCCUUCCAAGACGGAAACAUCUUCAAUGAUGGACAUCCGUCCACCAAUCGACCAUCAGGACGAGAGAAUCACCAUCAGAACAACGAGAAUGAUGAUCAUAAUGACCCUAACGAAAAUGAUGAUGAUCAUGAGGAUGAUGAGAGUGAGAUCAAGAGGAAAAAGAAGUUCAAGAAAUCCGCCGCUUCCUCUAGAGCUCCUCAUAAAGCCUCCCAUCAGGAAAUCUAUGAUAAGUUUUUGCUCGCCGAAAACGCACUCAAGAAGUUCGAACAAAACUUUAAUCAUCAUUCUCAAGUCCAUGUUGACAUGGUUACCUACUUCGCCUCGUCCGAAAACAUAGCCUUGUUGGCGUUGGCAGUCCGAUUGACGUCUGUCAAAGCCUUACCAGUCUCUUAACCCCCGAUCCUUCUCUUUGACUCUCAAUCCUACUUUCUUUCUUUUUUCUUACCUCUGACUAUCUUUCCAAUUCGUUUUUAACAUCUUUCUUAUCUACAUUUACUUAUUUAUUUAUUUAUGUCUACUCACCAUGGUUGUCUAUUUUGUAUUUUUUUUUUCUGUUCUCAUUUGUUGAUUGUCAGUGAGAAUCUUAAUGGUUUUUUGGGGGGGGGGGGGCUUCAUGGAGGUUCUUUGGGGACUUGACUUGGCUUGUUUUCUAGGGGUAUAGUAUUGAUGUUAUUAUUGAUUCAAUCGGGGGUUUUUUUUGUCAAUGGACUUGAAUCCGA